AUGGCGCGAAGUAUAUCACAGAAGAAUGACGAUGAGCUACAGAGGAUCUCCAUCGAAAAUGUUGUGCUUGAAAAGGGUAUACUGGAGGAGACGGUAAUUGAACCAGCAGUUGUGAAGGUCGAGACGCGAUUUUCGGAAAAGGAGGUGACAAUACGACAAGUAGCCCCUAUGGUUAUCGUUUUAACUGGUGCGACAUUUCUUGUUACAAUCGCUGCCCAGGCAGUCAUCAUCAUCUUACCUGAAAUCUCUCGGGAUCUUGACAUUCCUCAAGAUCGGCAGCAAUGGGUGCUAUCUUCUUAUGCAUUGACGUCUGGCUCAUUCCUACUUCUUUGGGGAAAACUGGGAGAUGUUUAUGGGAGGAAGUUAUUGUUUAUUCUGGGUGCAGCUUUUACAGCCGCUACUUGUAUUGCGACGGCUUUUUCUCCUGUUGAGGUUUGUUUAUACAUAAUGCGGGCUUUGCACGGACUCGCCUCUGCUGUCACUAUCCCUACAGCUAUUGGUAUAAUAGGACAUACCAUUCCACCUGGACGAGUGAAAAACUACAGCUUCGCAUUCUACUCUGGAGGCGCCCCGAUGGGUCAAGUUCUUGGAAAUCUCAUGGGCGGAAUCAUCUCUCAAUGGGCGAGUUGGAAAGUCGUAUUCUUCGUGAUAGCUGGUGCUUCUAUUACUAUUGCCGUAAGCGCGAUAUUUGUGGUCCCAAAGGAAGCAGCUAGAGGCAACGAGGAAGAUACAGUGCGUGCCUCAGGUGUCGAUUGGAUUGGUGCUUUUCUAUUUACUGCGGGUCUACUUUUAUUACUCGUAGGCUUGUCAGAAGGAGGGUCGUCUGGGUGGCAGGCGGCCUCGGUCAUUGCCAUCAUAGUUAUAUCUGGGUGUUUACUGAUAGGAUUUGUUCUGUGGGAACACUAUCGCGAGACAAAGACAGCUAAAGAACCAUUGAUGAGAGUGUCGACGUUUCACCAUAAGCAGUUCUCCAUUGCCAUGGUCAUUAUAACUUUAUUCUCGGCUGGCUUUACCAAUUUCUGCCUCUAUACUACUUACUACUACCAAGAUUUUCGACUUCUCGAUCCCUUACAGACCGCUCUUCGGUAUAUUCCAUUAGGUGUGGUUGGUAUUCUUACAACUUUUGGAUCUGGGUACUUACUCGCUCGAAUCAAUGGUAAUUACAUUCUCAGUUUUGGGCUCGGCUCAGCGAUGAUUGCAAAUCUUCUGUUUGCCGUUCCAAUACCUCCUAGUACAUCAUACUUCGCUUUUGGUUUACCAGCAAUGGCACUUGCGGCAUUCGGUGCUGAUACAGUCUACCCAUGUCUCGGUCUCUUUACAACUCAGUCACUUCCUCGAAAGGAUCAAUCGGUAGCAGGAGCCAUGUUUCAAACUAUGGCGGCCAUCGGACGAGCCAUGCCCCUGCCUAUCACGUCGGCAAUCCAGGAGUCUGUUCAAUCAAAAGAGUUAAAGGAAGGAAAGGUUCAGAUGCAAGCAUUUUUGGCAGGACUAAGGUCUGUGGAAUGGUUCUGCGUGGGCUGUACGGCAGCAUCUUUAGCUAUGACUGUCAUUGGACUCAGAAAUAUCGGAAAGAUUGGAAUGUUAAAGAAGCUAGGUGUUGCCAAGGAGACGAAGGAAGAAGUUUAG